UGCCAAUCACAAUCACAUCACAAGACUACAAACAAAAACAUUACACACAUCAUAAACAAACCGAAAUAUUUCGUGAAAGUCCAGGGAAAGGUGGAUAAUUUGUUGGAAAAAUGCGCGAUAACAGCGCAAGCGAAUGUCAGAGCCUGGGCUCUUUAUUUUCAAUUAGUGGGUUAAACCCAGACUUGGAUGUGAAUGAUAUUUCUGACGUCGAGCAUUUGUGUCGUCUCUGCAUGUUAAGCUGUGAAAAAGACCCUAAACUCGUAAUGAUACAGAUAGCCGGAGACAAUCCACUUUCUAAUACUCCUAUCGUGGAUCUUUUUAGGGAUGGACUCGACAUUGAUAUUAAAAAAUCAAUGCCAGGCAUGCCCACUCAGGUUUGUGCAUCCUGUUUAUCGCAGCUGUGGACCUUUACCAAAUUUAAGAAAAAAUCUCUUGGCGUAGAUGCCAAACUGCAACAUUUAGUGUCAAGAAAAAUAAAACUUGCUGAGGCUCGCGCACUGUAUGGAUCUGCUCUGGUUGAUGGAGAGAGACCCUCGUCUCCUGCUCCUCUUGACUUCAACACUGUUGAACCAGACAUUUCUGAACAAACUCAGCAAACAGUUGAAGAUAAUCUCCUGAACAUUGAACAAUCAUCACUAGUUAUCUGCCAUGAAAGUGAUGAACUUGGACCUAAAAGCUCUGAACUUCAGGUACAGGGCAGCAAGACAGAUUUUGUUUGCUCGUCACCCUUUCAGGAUAAUAUUGAUCACCCAACUAUGCAAGGAAACAUUGUCGACUCGAAGUUAACUGUUGAAGUACCUUCUCAGAAGGCACAAGCUGAGCUCACCCAGUGCAUGUAUAAUCCACAAGAAAGUGUGAAUACAGUACCCAAGAUACUUCUAAUUUCUACAGAUGUCAGUAGAUUGAUAGAACACAAUGCCACAAUUAGCGGACUAGCAAAUAGUGAUAAAAUAGAUACUCUUUCUGAGAGUAUAUCACAAUUCACCUUUAAAAGUACAAAAAGUCCUCAAGUCCUUGACACAUCAUCUACAUGUCCAGUACCUGUCCAGAAAACGACUACUACGGAAGUGGUGAAGCAACCUUCUUUACCAUGUAAUAUUUGUGACAAGACCUUCAGCAGUGUUAGUCAACUAAAAAAGCAUGAAGCAUCUCACUCCAAAUGUAAUGGAGUCGUCUGUACAGUUUGUAACAAAUGGUUUAAAGGUAAAAAUGCCUUGACACGCCAUGAGCGUAUUCAUUCUGGUGAAAAACCUUUUAAAUGUAUUUUGUGUGAUCGUGACUUUACUCAGAAAGAAAUUCUUCAAAGGCAUAUUCUAACUCAUACAGAUGAUAAGCCAUUUGCAUGUAAUGAUUGUAACAAGAGUUAUACCCAGAAAGAGGGACUUGCCAAUCAUGUUAAGCAACAUCAUCAAACAAUAUACGAGAUACGACAGUAUCCUUGUCUUCUCUGUGAGAAGGCAUUUUGCCAUCCAUCAGGACUUUCCAGGCAUAUGAUGAUUCACUCAGGCAAGCAAUUUUCAUGUGAUAUUUGUAAAAGGACCUUCACUGAUGUAUCAUCAUUUCGAAGACACAAAAAAACUCAGCAUGUGUCAAGUGUACAAAAUAAAUGAAGUAUGUAUUAAAUUUCAAAUACGGA